GAGCGCUACAAGGCAUCAUCCAUCGAGCACGCCUUCUUGCAGCCUUACGGCCUCCCGUCAACCUCCCUUCCCCCUCUCCAACUUGGCCCUCUGCUCUCCCUUUAUCUUCAAAUCCCACAGCAACUGCUGCUCUCUCCUCUUCAUCCCAGCUGCCUAUGCCUGACCCUAACACGGCUUCUUUUAGUUCCCUCCCCCUUCUGGCGCUAGACACCAGCCAUGUGGGCCUUUUUUUCCAGGGUCUUCCUGAUAGGUCGUCCAGCUAUCUGAAACAUCUCCCUGGAAGCCUUCCUGUGCAAUCUUCCAGCCAUACGGAUUCUCUAACCAGGAAUAUUUCGGUGCAAUCCUCUGGUCAUGUGGACCUUUCUGCCAGGAACCUCCCUCCACAAUUUUCCAGUCACAUGGACCCCUUUACCAGGAAGCUUCCUCCCAUAUCUAGCCGUACGGACCUGCAUACCAGGAUUCAUUUACUGCAAUCAACCAGCGAAGCCGGCCCGUUUAUUGGAAAAUUUCCUGCUCAAUCCGGCCACAGGGACCUGUUUUGGGGAAAUCUACAGUCUUUGAGCCAUACUAACCUCCGUACUGGGAGUCUCCCCUUGCAAUCCUCCAGCCACCUGAAGUUAUCAGGCAUCUCAGGCUCCAUCCCACGCAUUGAUGUGACGCCAUCUGCUUGCGUGGAUCCAGCUCGUACCUAUUUUUUUCCCGAGGAUGAACUUCGAAAGCUACUGGGAGCAGGUCCUAAAUUGCCAUCCACCCUGCCUCAGUCUUUGGGCGAACACAUGUCCAGACAUAAGAGAG